UCUGCACAGCUAACUCACCCCAUAACCACACCACCACAGCACACCACACCAACAAAGCUCAUCCCAUUUUUAUCUCUCUCAGAACCCUCCAUCAUCAACACACACCUUCAUUUCAUAUACACCUCUCUCUCUCUCUCCCUCUCUCCAAAGGAUGGCAGACCGGAAGCUUGAGAAUAAUGGGUUUUCCGGCGAACCCCAAAAACCCAUUCCAGAUUUCGAUCCUUCGCCAAAACCGAAACGAAACAUGUUUGCUUUGGCGUGUGCCACCUUAGCUUCCAUGACUUCCAUCUUACUCGGUUAUGACAUAGGAGUUAUGAGUGGAGCAGGUCUGUUCAUCAAAGAUGACCUUAAAAUCUCCGACGUCCAGCUGGAAGUCCUGAUGGGAAUCCUCAACGUCUACUCCCUCCUGGGGUCGGCCGCCGCCGGAAGAACCUCGGACUGGAUUGGGCGCCGCUACACCAUCGUACUGGCCGCCGUGAUCUUCUUUGUGGGAGCACUUCUGAUGGGUUUUGCCACCAACUAUGCCUUUCUGAUGGUCGGCCGAUUCGUCGCCGGAAUUGGCGUCGGCUACGCCCUCAUGAUCGCCCCCGUCUACACCGCCGAGGUCUCCCCCGCCGCCUCCCGCGGUUUCCUCACCUCCUUCCCCGAAGUCUUCAUCAACGCCGGUAUCUUACUUGGAUACGUAUCAAACUACGCAUUUUCAAAGCUCCCAACUCACUUAGGGUGGCGAUUCAUGCUCGGAAUCGGCGCCAUUCCAUCCGUAUUCCUCGCCGUUGGUGUACUCGCCAUGCCCGAGUCACCUCGCUGGCUCGUUCUCCAAGGUCGGCUCGGCGACGCCAAGCGAGUUCUCGACAAGACUUCCGACUCCAAAGCCGAGGCUCAGCUCCGGCUCGCCGACAUCAAGGAAGCCGCCGGAAUCCCCGAAGAGUGCAACGACGACGUCGUUCCUGUCCCCAAGCGAAGCCACGGCGAAGGCGUCUGGCGCGACCUGAUUCUCCACCCCACGCCGACUGUGCGCCACAUUCUCCUAGCCGGCGUGGGAAUUCACUUUUUUCAACAAACUUCGGGCAUAGACGCCGUCGUUUUGUAUAGUCCGAAGAUAUUCGAGAAAGCAGGUAUAACUAGGAAAUCUUUGAAGCUACUCGCUACGGUAGCCGUUGGAUUUGUGAAGACUAUGUUCAUCCUAGUCGCGACUUUUUUGUUGGAUCGGGUCGGGCGUAGACCCUUGCUUUUGAGUAGCGUUGCUGGUAUGAUCGUCUCACUCGCGACUCUAGGUGUGUCCUUGUCGAUCAUCGAUCACUCAGAGAAGAAAUUGAUCUGGGCCGUUACUUUGGCGUUCUUGUCAGUUUUAUCGUACGUUGCGACUUUUUCGAUCGGAAUGGGGCCCAUCACGUGGGUAUAUAGUUCGGAGAUUUUUCCACUGAGGUUGCGGGCGCAAGGGACAAGUAUGGGUGUGGCUGUAAACCGUGUGAUGAGUGGAAUGAUAUCGAUGACUUUUCUCUCUCUUUACAAGGCAAUCACAAUUGGUGGGGCAUUCUUUCUCUUCAUGGGAGUUGCAAUAGUGGGUUGGUUAUUUUUUUACACUCUGCUCCCAGAAACACAAGGAAAAACUCUUGAAGAAAUGCAAUCUUUGUUUGGCACAUUCUUUAAGUGGAGAGUGACAAUGAGAGAAUUAGAGAAGAAUAAAACGAUGAACAGUAAUAUUGGUGGCGAUGGUAACAACAAUGGUCAAAUUCAGUUAGGAAUUGCCAACCGCUAAAGAAAAUGUUAAAUUUAAAUCAACGAUAGUUUUGUUAAUAUGUGUUUUGAAGAAGGCUUUUAAUGCCAUUUAUAGAUAUGAUGGGUUUCUAUAUAAACUUUUUAAUUUCUCUCUUUAUGAUU